GGUGGUGCUUGCCUACAUGCGGGAUGGCGGGCGCUGAUGGCUGGCAGCCGAGGUCAGUUCUGAAGGCCGCUGCCAGAAAGGAAGAGCUAGGAAAAGGCGGGGGAAGCCGGCGGGUAACCAGCCAAAGAAGUUAUGAAUAUCAUCCACGGUUUAAAGUUGUUGGGCAGGAACUGUAUUUCCUUUCGUUUGGCUUCUUUGACAAAGGAGGCAAAAUGCAAUAACUUCUGUAAGCCUUAUGCAGGGUAUUGCCGAACUCAAGUCAGUUGUACACGAGAUAGGGGCCAAAAGUUGGAUUUGAGUGGAAAUACUAGAAACUGUUUUUUGACUGGAAGCCCUGACUCUGACAGAAACUUCAUCAGUAAAGGACUGAGAUGUCUUUUGAAUGUCCCAAAUACAGCAGUACACAAGAAUGCACACUACAGUCCGGGCAGGUAUUGCUUCCAGGCAUCUCAUCUGCUGGGAAAGACAAUCACAUCUCUCCAGAUCGGCUCCAUAGGGCAACUCCCACAUCAUUUUCCAGCUUGGAACAUUCAGAUCCUCAGGCCUCUUCACACAUCACCACCAUUUCAGGCUGCACCUGCUCCUCUUUUCUGGAUUAUUGUUAAGCCAGCUCAGAAAUUAUUUGCUAUUCUUCUUGGCAGGAGCAUAAGAAAUUGGUGGAAGGCACUUCCUCCUAAUAAACGGGAACUUUUUAAAGAACAUGCAAGGCAAAAUAAAUGGAAGAUACUCCUGAGUGUCAGUAGCUUUGGAGUUUUAUUCAUUGUGUUUUAUUUUACUCACUUGGAGGAGACACCCAUCACUGGGCGCCCUCGACUGUUGGUGUUCGGAAAAGAACAUUUUAGGGAACUGUCCCAGAUGGAAUAUAAGAUGUGGAUGGAGGAAUUCAGAAGUAAAAUGUUACCUGAGACAGAUCCACGCUACCAGGUUGUGAAGAGAGUUGUUGGUCAUUUAUCUGAAAGCAAUAAGGACAUCCCACAGGUCUCUGCACUCGAGUGGGUUAUCCAUGUGGUAGAGGAACCAGGUGUUAACGCUUUUGUGCUGCCAAAUGGUCAAGUGUUUGUCUUCACUGGAUUGCUAAAUGCGGUUUCUGAUAUUCAUCAGCUGUCCUUCAUUCUGGGACAUGAAAUAGCUCACGCUGUGCUGGAGCAUGCAGCAGAGAAAGCCAGCCUGGUUCACUUUUUGGAUUUUCUAUCACUCAUCUUUCUCACUAUGAUUUGGGCCAUCUGUCCUCGAGAUAGUUUGGCAGUUGUUGGCCAGUGGCUUCAGAGCAAGUUGCAGGAGUUUAUGUUUGAUAGACCAUACAGCAGAACACUGGAGGCUGAAGCUGAUAAAGUGGGACUUCAGUUUGCAGCAAAGGCUUGUGUGGAUGUAAGAGCAAGCAGCGUAUUUUGGCAACAAAUGGAAUUAGCAGAAACCAUUCAAGGGCAGCCCAAGCUACCAGAGUGGCUCUCCACACACCCUUCUCAUGAGAACAGAGCAGAGCACUUAGACCGACUUAUCCCAGAGGCUCUUAAAAUAAGAGAGAGCUGCAAUUGCCCAUCUCUUUCCGGACCAGAUCCUCGCCUCAUUUUCAAACUUAACAUGCAACAUCUUCUGGAAUCCUCUAAGAAUCAAGAAGCCCCUAAUUCUACACAGCGAGAUCACCCAAAACCCAAACUGGAUUUUCCUCACCCUCAAAAUGUGGAAGAUAGCCCAGUAACUUUUGCAGUUAAACCUACAAACUAAUGAGAACAACUUCCAAUUUUUUGUAUACUUGUGGUCCCUGAAGGUCUCUCUUCUAACACAAUUUUGUCUUUGCGCCGUAAAGAAGAUGUAGCCACUCAUAUUCUAUGUUUUUUAAAAGUGAUCUCUCACUCAAAGCAAUAAGGAACCGUGCCCACACAAGAAGAGCGGCGUAUUGGAGCAGAAAGCUUCUUAAUCAUCAAGAGUUACUAAAAUAAAUCACUUCUCAGGGGAAAGAUAAUCUCAUACAAUCCAGUCACACAGUGUAAUUUUCAGUUUUAUCAGGCUCACCUUGAUCAGAGGACAGAUGAGCCAGAAGCGUCCCUAAAGCAGAGGAAAACGUGCAGUUUUCAUCACUUAAGUUGUCUGGUUUAUCUUGCUGUAAUUUGGGUUACAUCUCUUCAGCUUCAUUUGAGAAAUAAUGAGGAGAGCUCACUGCCUGCUCCACAUCUGGUAUCUUUAAGAAUAUUAAGCUGAGAUGUGGUAAUAGCCUAUGGGUGAGAUACACCCCCGCUUAAUUAGGUGGAUUUACUGCUGGGAUUUUUCUUCUUUCUAAGGCAUUUUAGAAUAUGGAUUGAUUCAACAUUUUUCUUCAAAGCAACCUGAAAGGGUUGAACAAAGUUCAAUUUAAAAAAAAGUAGUUCAAUGAUUUUCAAGGAAGUCUUUCUUCUGAAAGAAACACAGUGUAAGAACCAUAGUUUGUAGCACUGGAAUCAUAGAAUCAUAGAAUGGUUCAGAUCGGAAAGGACCUUAAGAUCAUCUAGUUCCAACCUCCUGCCAUGGGCAGGAAUGCCUCACCCUAGUCCAUGUCACCCAAGGCUCUGUCCAAUCUGGCCUUUUAAGACUGCCCAGGGAUGGAGCAUUCACCCCUUCUCUGGGCAACCUGUUCCAGUGCCUCACCACCCUCACAGUAAAGAAAUUCCUUAUAUGUAACCUGAACUUCCUCUGUUUAAGUGUGAACCCAUCACCCCUUGUCUUAUCACUACAGUCUCUAAAUGCUUUGCAAGAAUGGCUUUUGCCUUUUUAAAAUGAUCAGGGUCCCUCAUCAGAGUUUAGUUUUACUGCCAUGACAUUUGAUCUACAUUUGGAUAGAAGUGAUUGCUGAUGUGGAAAUAUAUUAUGUAGUAGACGGAUACAGCAAGACUCCUUGACUACCCAGCUUUUGCAGCUGUACCUUAUCCUAAAAAGUGACUUCUCUUCAGGAAACUGGCAUCCAGUGCUGAGCAUCCCUCCUGUCCCCAGCCCCCUGAAGCCACGCAUUUUAUACUGUGGAGACAAAUAUGCACAGUAUAGGUUAAGCUCUGCCUUUUGUGAUAGGCUAACCAAUACAGCAUGGUAUUCUUCAUUUGCACAUGUUUGAGUUAUCCUUGCUUUGCCAUUGAAAAUAUUGAAGUGGUGAUCUUACAGGAAGAUGUAGAAAAAGGUGGCAAUGAAUGGAAAUAAAAAUGGAAAUCCC